UCUUGUCUAGUAACUCGAAUCGGAGGUUAGUUGCAUCGUAUGAUACUGAAGGCGGCUUUGGAUCCGCCUUGCUUUUACAUUAAUUCUAAUAAUUAUAAAGGAAGCAGUAUGUGAACUUGAUUUACUUCGAGAGAUUUAGUUGGGGGGAUUUCAGGACUGCAAGGCAAGGGCAGGGGUCAUCGGGACCGAAUCACAAACAACAAGGACCACAAGUAUACGGUUAUCACACAGGUGGGCAAGAUAAUCCGAUGGACGAGAAUCCUCCGGAAUACGAGACAGAAUCUACCGGAUCAACGAGGACGGUGGGUGGAUAUAUCAACGCCUAAUACAGUGAUUGAAGUCAGUCAAUAGAAUAUACAGGGGCUCAGUUGAACAUUCGUGAGGAGGCCGGCAACAUAUCCAGAUAUUUCAGGUGAUAAAACAUCGACAAUACAGGCCUGACACACUGGUACUAUCUGUGUACAUGUGUUGACCGGAAGGAUGGGGAUUCUAUCAAAAUUGAAACACACGGACAACUGUACUCUUCCAUCUCUGACCAAAUGUAAAGAUGGCCACGAAUGGUUCUCUAGCUUCGAAUUCUACCCAAUUGCUGUCGGUAGUCGAAAAACAGCCUUCGAGGGCAUGAUGUAUGUGCCAAACAAUUACUGGAGUCAAACACCUGCUAUAAUUAAAUGUACAAAUUACGGACAAGGAACAGAGGAUGAUGGCAAAGCGGAAGUUAGUGGAGCGGUCAAGGCGCAAGAAUUUGCCGAAGGGUUCUCGAAAAGAUUCCCACAGUUUUCUAUCAAAUUUCUGCGCCCUCUAGCGGCUGUUAUGGACACCGUAUCAGUGUUUAACGGUAUUUUUCGUUUCCUGAAAGGUUACGACAAAGUUCUAUCAGAGGGAGAAUGUGUGUUGCUGGAAGAGAAACUGGAAGGUGAUUUUGUCUCCUUCAUAUACAAAAAUGGUGUAAUCACAUCAAACUGUGAGCCUAUCCUUCAGGCGUUCUGCCAUUACACCUACUCUGCUAGUAACGAGGAGCUGGUUAUGUCUGGACUACAAGGAGUAAGAAAUGGCCACUCGUACACCUUGUCCACUCCCUGUGUUCACUCGCGUGCGCGACAAUACGGCAACACAGACGCCGGUGAAGGAGGCAUCUCCACAUUUUUCUCGCACCAUCAGUGUAAUGCAUACUGCAGCGAGUUGCCCAAGUUUUCACCUACGGACCUAUCUGCGUCGUCAAGUAUUUCGUAUGAAAAGCCGUAUUCAUUCGAGGACACGUUUCCGGUUCAGUACUCGAGCGGGCGAUCAGGAUGUGAUAGCCCGGAAUUUUCUUACACUGAGCGCAGUAUGUUAGUGACGGCUGAGAUACACCCUCCCGCGUAUGAAGGCGUUGACUCCCAGCCGCCGCCUCCGUACGAUUUCCAAAACAAGGCUUGUCAUGGAAAAUCAAAUAAUGCUGGAUCAUCAAAUCAUUUCUCCUCACCGGAUGUUCGGACAUAUUGACCUUUCACCUUAGUGAUUGUUAAUUACAAUAUGUUCAAAUAACAACAAUGAUUGGCCAAUAAAGCUAAUUCCUCGGAUGAUGGUAUGGUAGCGACAUUGCUUGCCCUAAAAUAUGUCUCCUUCGGCGGUGAUAAGACAGUGUAGUUGCUAAUCAUAGGAACAUGUCUCUCUGAUGCUGGCAGUUUGAUGUCCUCGUUUAUUUUGUCAGUGAUGGGUCUGCUGAUAGUCCUAUGAAACUAAUUGCCUCUACCAGAAAUUCGGUGUAGGACAUGGAUACCAAAUACACUGCCUUUGAUAAUUUAUCAAAUUAUAAAAAAAA